GGUGUCAGGGGGCGGGAGGCGGAGCAGGGAGCUACCAAUGGCACUCAUGGAGGAUGAGCCCUGGACCAAGUCCAGCCUUCAGCCAGCCGACGCGCUGGGCAAUCCAAGUCCUCUUCGCGCUCUCCAGGAGUUCGAGUCCCAGCCGGGUACCCGAGAGGGCCCGAUGAGCUUCAUGUGUUCGGAAUGUGGCAAGAGCUUCAGGCAGAACUCCCAUCUCAAGCGGCACCAUCGGGUCCACUCUGGGGAAAGGCUGCACCGGUGCCGGGCCUGCGGGAGGGAAUUCAGCCGGCAGCCCGCUUUGGCCGUCCACCAAUGCCCUGGGCACAAGCCCUUCUGCUGCCCGGUCUGUGGCAAAGGUUUUGGCCGCUCCACUAACCUACUGACCCACCAGCGCUGCCACACUGGAGAGAGGCCCUUCCGCUGCCCCCACUGUGCCAAGGGCUUCGGCCGCUCCUCCACCCUGGCCACACACCUCCGCACCCACACCGGCGAGAAGCCCUAUCAGUGCUCAGUGUGCGGCAAAGAGUUCAGUCAGUCCUCUCACCUGCUCACCCACCAGCGCUGCCACACUGGCGAGAAACCCUUCUGCUGCCCCCACUGUGCCAAGGGCUUCGGCCGCUCCUCCACCCUGGCCUCUCACCUCCGCACCCAUACGGGUGAGAAGCCCUAUCAGUGCUCUGAAUGUGGCAAGAGAUUCAGCCAGUCUUCCACCCUGGCCACCCACCAGCGUAGCCACACUGACCUGCGGCCCUUCCCCUGCCUGGUCUGUGGGAAGGGUUUCCGAGGGGCUUCCACGCUGGCACUGCACCUGCGGAUCCACACGGGUGAGAAGCCCUUCCCCUGCCACCCGUGCGGCAAGGCCUUCAGCCAGCUGGCCAGGCUUCGCAAGCACCAGCUAACCCACCAGGGCGCCAAGCCCUUCCGGUGCCCUGAAUGCGGCCGGGCUUUCGGUCAGCUGUCCAACCUGGCGGCCCACCAUCGCACCCACACCGGCGAGAAGCCCUUCCAGUGCCCCCAGUGUGGCCGGGAAUUCGCCCAGUCAUCCAACCUGGCGGCCCACCGGCGCACCCACACCGGCGAGAAGCCCUUCCAGUGCGCUGCCUGCCUGCGUGCCUUCCGCCAGCUCUCCGGCCUGGCAGCCCAUCGGUGCAGCCAUGCCCAGGGCUGGCCGUACCCCUGCUCGGCGUGCGACCGGCGCUUCGGCGACCCCUGCAGCCUCCGCCGACACGAGGGCACCCACAAACGCGACAGGCCCUACCGCUGCUGCACCUUGGCAAGUCCUUCAACGACUCCUCCAAUCUGUACCGUCACCGGCGGCGCGCACAUGCCAGGGAGCAGCCAUUAAAGGAUACCGGCGGCUAGGAGGGACAACCAAAGAAAUCUCUGCAAGCUCCAGGAGAUGACAACAUAUCAAGUGCAGCGACUGGACUGGAUGGUGCAUUAACCUGGAGUUUUACCUAGUCACGUCGUUGCGGUAGACUCUCGCUUUCUGCAGGCUAUCCACAGAGAAAUUAGAUCUGGCAGUGUAAGCCCUAGGGGAAGGACUAUUGAUUUAUGGAAACAUCGAUCCAACCCUUGGAGGUGCAAGCAAGGUCGGGUAGCGAGCUUGGACAGCCCACUUCACCCCAGCCAGCAAUGCCUCUCCUCCUCCAGUGACUAAUUUACUAUCUUCAACUUUCCACACACCCUAUUCCCUACACACUCCCUGCUGAUUUUGAAAAGGAUGCAGUUCCCUUUUUACAGAGUCCCUCUUGCCGGUCUCCACUGGGUUUCACGAUGCGCCCUCCCCUUCUGCACUGCGCCUCUCAAUAGCCUGAAUCCAGUCCAGCACCAAAUUCGCUGGUUUAACCCAUCUUUCCAACCAUGUCAGUGGCAGUGACGGAAACAAAAAGCAAAGUACUGCAGAUGUUGGAAGCCUGAAGUAAAGAUCAGCAGGUCAGUAAGGGAGUCUGUCUGGCUCACACCAAGGGAGCCAGGGUUCACAUUUCAGAUCAAUGACUUCUUCGUAACUAGAAGUUCAUGGAAUGAGACAAACACAGAAGGAGGCUGUUAGGGCUGUUGUGCCUCUGCUGGCUCCUUGAAAAUGUCCAAUUAAGAUGUUGCUUCCUAAGCAAGAGCCAGGGAGUUGGGAGCAGAUUAAGAGCAAAAAGGAGAACUGAAGGUGAAUGAGAUGAAAGAGGCCAACAGAAAUCCGGUGGAACGAAAGGCAUAAAUCCACAAGAUGCCCGAGGCACCUGUUUGGACAAGACUGAAGCAAAACAUUUCUUUGAUUAGCUCUUUUCACCCACGGGACCUUUGGGCCACACCUUGGAAAUGAAUUGUGACUUAAAGCUCACUGUCCCGACAAAGCAGGCUGCAGCCCCUUUUUGUGUCGAGAUCAUAAACAUCAGGAGUGCAGCAGCAACAUCACACAGCUGGCCAUUGGAUAUGGGAGCUAGAUGCACCUGUCAGACCUUACCCACACUUUUAAUGGCCACGAGAGCCUGGUUGCCCAUCUGCCAUCUUGCACGAGAGGAAAUGAAUGUGUGGCAGCUGGGCGCCUCACCAGCAGCCUUCCUCUGUACCAGGACAGUAUAGGAGAGUUCCUCAGCACUCAGGAACGCCAACGGACGAGAGGGCGUUGGUUUCAGUGGAUU